AUGGUCAGGACCAGGUCGAGGGCUACUAGCCCUGGCCGUCAGGGAAGCAGAGGCGCUUCAAGUGAUCCCCAGCGUGAUCGCCAAUCUGCACCAGUCAUGCAGACGUCGUCCGUUCAGAAUAUGCAAUCCAUGGCGGCUGCAAUGGCGGAAUUGACUCGCCAAAACCAGGAAUUAAGGAUGGAGAUCACUCAGAGGAGACAGACACGUGAGGAACACGCAGGGCAGACACAAGGCCAUGGUGACACACAGAAUACUGAGAUUGGAAGUCAGUUUAGAGGCACCACUUCACGGACAGUGCCACACUUGAAAGAGGAGAUGGACCAAAUGAAGAAAGUCAUGGAGGAGAUGAAGGAGAACAUGAGGAGAACGAAUCCUAUAGAGGAUUUGGUCCACAGGACUGACUCUCCUUUUACAGCUUCCAUCAACGGCCACCCUCUACCAUCAAAGUUCAAACUACCUUCUCUGGACUCGUAUGAUGGGACGCGUGACCCCUUUGAUCACAUUGCCACAUUCAAGACAACAAUGCACCUUCAGGGGGUCCCUGAUGAAAUCAUGUGUCGAGCCUUCCCUACUACCCUUAAAGGCCCGGCACGAGUUUGGUUCAGUAAAAUCCCCCCAAGUUCCGUAAGUUCUUUCGAAGAGUUAAGCAAAUUGUUUGUUAACAAUUUCAUCGGGGGACAGAGGCACAAGCGCUCUUCGUCCAGCUUACUGACCAUAGAACAAGGGGACAACGAAAGCCUGCGGUCAUUCAUCACUCGCUUCAACAGAGAAGCCCUUAGUGUGGACGAGGUGGACGACAAGCUUCUACUGGCAGCCUUCCACAAUGGGAUUAAUUCGGAUUUAUUUAUCCACAAGCUAUAUGAGAAGGAGCCUCAAACCAUGGCCGAGCUCGUGCUCAUGCAAAUCAAAGACGAUCCUUCUUUAAAAUGGCCAGAGAAGAUGAAAGGGGAUCCCAACAAGCGCAAUAAGAACAAAUAUUGUCGCUUUCACAGGGACCAUGGGCAUGACACGGAUGAGUGUUGUGACCUAAAACAGCAAAUUGAGAACCUUAUCAGACAAGGAAAGUUGAAGCACUUCGUUGGAAGGGAUCGUACAGAUGAGAAGCUGAAAGGCAAAAUAGAGGAAUCAUCCCGGCCCCCACUAGGAGAGAUAAGGAUUAUCGUUGGAGGGAACUCGAUGGGGCAAUCUUCCAAGUCGAAGAAGACGUAUCUCAAAGCGGUACAAAACGUCCAGCUCUCUGGACGAUCACCAAGGACGAGACCAAUGGACGAGGCAACCAUUUCCUUCACCGACGAAGAUGCAGAGAGGAUUCAUCACCCGCAUGACGAUGCGAUCGUUAUUACACUGCUCAUUGCAGAUUAUACAACCAGGAGAGUGUUAGUUGACAAUGGAAGUUCAACAGACAUAUUGUACUACCCCGCCUUCCAACAGAUGAGGCUUGGACGAGAUCAACUUCGUCCAGUAUGCUCGCCACUGAUAGGAUUUGGAGGAAUGAAGGUGCAGCCCGUGGGUGCCAUUUCAUUACCAGUUGUGGUAGGGUCAUACCCGCAACAGAUAACCAAAGAAGUCAAUUUCCUUGUGGUAGACUGUACCUCUUCAUACAAUGCCAUUAUUGGAAGACCCACUCUUAAUAGUUGGAAGGCGAUAACCUCGACCUACCAUCUAUCAGUCAAAUUCCCUACGGAGUACGGGAUAGGACAAGCACAAGGAGAUCAGUUGGCAGCUAGAGAAUGCUACUUUGCCAUGAUGGCUUUGGACGAACAGGUACAGACAAUGAGCAUCGAGGAAAGAAGAGUUAUUGCAGAGCCCACGGAAGUGUUGGAAGAUGUUCUUUUGCAAGAAGAUGAUCCUGAGAAAUCUACCAGAAUUGGAACAUGUAUGAAGGAGAAGGCAAGAGAAGACCUCAUCCAGUUCCUGAGAAAAAGUAUCGACAUUUUUGCAUGGAGUCAUGACGACAUGCCAGGAAUCGACCCAAGUGUGAUCACUCAUCGAUUGAAUGUAUACCCCUUUUUUAAGCCUAUCCGUCAGAAGAAGAGGGUAUUCGCUCCCGAGAGGGACAAAGCAAUCAAGGAAGAGGUUCAAAAACUGACCACGGCAAAGUUCAUUAAGGAAGUCUAUUACCCGGAUUGGUUAGCCAAUGUGGUGAUGUUGCUGAGCUUCAUGGAUGCCUUCUCAGGAUAUAAUCAGAUCAAGAUGGAUGAAACUGAUCAGGAAAAAACUUCCUUCAUUACCAGCCAAGGCUUGUUUUGCUACAAAGUGAUGCCCUUCGGCUUGAAGAACGCAGGGGCAACUUAUCAAAGGUUAGUGAAUCACAUGUUUCGUCCACAAAUAGAACGGAAUGUGGAGGUUUAUGUCGACGACAUGCUUGUGAAGAGCAUAGACGAGGGAAGCCAUCUAGACGACCUACAGGAAACCUUUGAAACACUUCGGCGAUAUAAGAUGAAGUUGAACCCAAGCAAGUGUGCAUUCGGAGUAUCGUCGGGAAAGUUUCUGGGGUUCAUGGUCUCGCAAAGAGGAAUUGAGGCAAAUCCGGACAAGAUCCAGGCUAUAUUAAACAUGGAGCCACCGAAGAGUAUCAAGGAAGUCCAAUCCCUCACAGGACGAGUUGCCGCUUUGAACAGGUUUGUUUCGAAAGCCACAGAUAAGUGUUUACCUUUCUUUAAAGUCCUCAGGAAGGCAUUUGAGUGGACGGACGAAUGCCAAAGGGCCUUCCAAGACCUGAAGGACUAUCUCACAACUACCCCAUUAUUAAGUCCAUCCGUGCAAGGAGAAGAACUGUACCUAUACUUAGCGGUGUCCCCACACGCCGUAAGUUCAGCUUUAAUUAGAGAAGAGGGGAAAAUACAAAAACCGGUGUACUACACUAGCCGAGCACUCAGAGGAGCAGAGGGAAGAUAUCCGCUCAUGGAGAAAUUGGCUUUUGCACUGAUAACGGCUUCUAGGAAGUUAAGACAUUACUUCCAAGCAAUGAACAAGCUGGAAGCCGCAGGACGACUGGUUCAGUGGGCAGUUGAACUUAGUGAAUUCGACAUUCGGUACCAACCGAGAAAUGCAAUAAAGGCUCAAGCCCUAGCAGAUUUCAUUGUAGAGUUCACUCCAUGUUACGAAGACCUGGGGGAAGGAGAGUACAACAACAAAUGGGUCGUCCAUGUAGAUGGAUUGUCUACAUUAUAUGCUGGAGGAAUAGGAGUUGUUUUGCAGUCGCCAGAAGGGGACAAAUUGAAAUACAAGGCCCGUCUGCAAUACCAGACUACUAACAAUGAAGUGGAGUAUGAAGCCCUUUUAAAGGGGUUGGAACUGGCCAAAUCCGUAGAAGCAGACUCAAUACUUGUCCUGGGAGACUCUCAAUUGGUCAUAGGCCAAGUCAAUGGGACAUGUGAAGCCAAGGAAGACAGAAUGAAGAAAUAUCUAAGAAAGAUAGAGGGAGAAGGAAAUUGGAUGACCCCAAUAGUGUCAUACUUAAAGGACAGAAGGCUUCCAGAAGAGAAGGACGAAGCUAGGAAGCUCAGGGUCAAGUCAGCCAGGUAUGUGCUUAUGGACGAGGUGUUAUAUAAGAGAGGUUUUUCCCAGCCUCUCUUAAGAUGUUUGGCUCCGGACGAGGCAAAUUACAUGUUGAGGGAGGUUCACGAAGGAGCAUGCAGGAACCAUUUGGGAGCCAGAUCACUCGUCCAUAAAGUCAUCCGUAGCGGAUUCUAUUGGCCAACCAUCCAAGCUGAUGCUAAAGCAUAUGUCAAAGUAUGUGAUCAAUGUCAACGCUUUAGCAACAUUCCCAGACAGCCAGCAGAAUAUCUCACGCCAAUGAUGGCCCCUUGGCUUUUCGCACAAUGGGGACUAGACAUUUUGGGGCCCUUUUCGACUGGAACUCGGCAAAUGAAGUUUCUGGUGGUGGGAAUAGAUUACUUCACAAAAUGGGUGGAAGCCGAACCCUUAGCCAAAAUUACGCAGCAGAAUGUCAAGAACUUCUUCUGGAAGAACAUUGUAUGCAGAUUUGGAGUACCUAGAGUACUAGUGUCUGACAAUGGACGACAGUUUGACAACACACCUUUCAGGGAAUUUUGUGAACAGCUUGGAAUGAAGAACCAUUACUCCUCACCCUCCCACCCACAGGCCAAUGGCCAGGCAGAAGUAGCGAACCGAUCCUUGCUGAAGAUUAUCAAGACUCGGCUCGAAGGGGCAAAGGGAAUAUGGCCGGAUGAAUUACCAGGUGUUUUAUGGGCUUAUAGAACGACAGCGAGAACUCCAACAGGAGAAACUCCUUUUAAACUAGCCUACGGAAGCGAGGCAGUUAUACCAGCAGAAGUACACAUGACAAGCCACAGGGUGAGGAAGUAUCAAACUGAAGAAAACGAGGAACAGCUCCGUCUUAACCUUGACCUUAUGGACGAGGUCAGGAUGGAUGCAGAACAGAGGACAGCAAGAUUGAUCCGCAAAAAGAAAGCCAGCAUGGACGAAUGA